AUGCGGUACGCCUUCGUCAUCGGCUCGCGCGAUGAGAAGGUCAUGACCGGACCGGUGUUCACCAGAGGGCCCCAGCAACGCACUCGCAACUUCGCAAAGAUCGAUUGCUGGUGGAUAUCCUUUGCCGGUAUCAGGCCCAAAGACGCUAAUGAGAACAUAGGCUUCGGGGUUUGCGGUGGCGCUCUGACUGAGCGAGCUUCAGAGCUGCGCAGAGAACGGCACUGA